GGGGGGGUGAUUUACGCGAUGGGGCCUCCUUCGAAGCGCUACGGGGAAGAUCUUUCAGGGGAAGUACCUUGUUUCGAAGAGCCAGCCAAGAGGUUGUUUGGUGCACACAAUUGUCUGUCAGGAGGUUGACCUAUAUGUUCAGGACCCAUGAGUUAUUAGAAAGUAUUGGGUGAGCGAUGUUGCCACAUUGGUCAGGUCCUGGCUGGAGAUCCUGGAGAUAGUACCGGGUACCUUUGAUACCCCCUCCUUGCUUCCAGGCGUCUCCAGCGGCAUAUCCCCCGGACUCCGGAUUGCCCCCCCCCCUUUUUUUCCCGUUCCCCGCGACACAUCUUGACCUGGUAUACAGGUGGAAAGAAAAAGUAAACACGUACGAGGGAAAUUAGGGCAGGCUCCAAACAGGAGGAUGUGGCGAGACGAGGCCGGUAUCAGUCUGGCGGGCUAGAGAGGGCGAGGGAAGUGACUCCAUGGCAUCCGGCGACAUGACGUGAACAGUGAGGACGAUACGACGAUCAUGAAUUGUAAAAGAUUCUAACCUUGGCUUCUUUUACCUUUAAGUUUUUAACAGAACAAGAAAAAUUAGUGCUGUGAUGCGUAAAUUUUCUGUUUGGUGUUAUGGCGAGUGAAAGCCCUUGAAUCAUGCUACCCUACUGUUGUAAAUUUUGUGAGCGAGAAUCAGUUACUAGUGUGUAGGAAGAGCAUGACAUCUUUACCUGAAAAAGUUUCGGUGCUAACUGCAUUGUUCCUAUUUUUGAUGAUAAGUUUGAUUUACAUUGGAAACCAAGGCUCAAAGUUCCAAAUUGUUACCAGCCCAGGUGCUCCUCCAUUAAAAGAACUACAAGUAAAAGGAAUUGACCUGCUUGAACGAGCUGUGUUCAUUGAACGUCAAGACAGACUGCAAAGGGAAUGUCAAACAUAUAAAAGACGUCAAAAUGCUCUGCAGCUAAAUGUAUCCCAUUACACUCCAGAAGCUAUUUGGGACAAUAAAGAAGUCUUAGACCACAUUAUUGUUGAUCAGAAGCACCAACUUCUCUACUGCUAUGUUCCAAAGGUGGCAUGCACAAACUGGAAGCGCACUUUACUUUAUCUAUCAGGCAGCACAAAUGUCACAAAGCCUAUAGAUAUUCCAUCUGACUAUGUUCACCGGACAGGAGUGUUUCCAAAACUAUCAAAUUUCUCGGAGGAGCAUGCUGCACAUAUGUUGAAGACUUUUACUACAUUUUUAAUAGUACGGCAUCCAUUUGAACGUCUCCUCUCAGCGUAUAGAAACAAAUUAGAACAAAAGUCAUCAAGCUCUAAAUAUUUUCAGACCCGCAUUGGACGACAUAUAAUAAAGACAUACAGAAAGAACCCCUCAAAUCAUUCUCUACAGUAUGGACAUGAUGUGACUUUCUCAGAAUUUGCCACAUACUUGGGAACUGAAAAUGGACCUGGAGGAGAAUACAAUGAGCAUUGGAAACCAAUACACCAGCUAUGCGCCCCAUGUGCAAUUCGUUAUGAUAUUAUUGGGAAAUAUGAAACAUUGUAUGAUGAUGCAGACUAUCUUUUACAUCAGCUUGGAGAGCCAACUUCAGCUUUCCCCAGAUAUGCACAUCCAUCAAACACCACAGCUACGUUAGGAAAAUAUUUCGGAACUCUAAGUGUGGACCUGCUACGUAAAAUGUAUUCAGUCUAUGAAACAGAUUUUCGCCUCUUUGGAUACAAUCUUCAAGAAUUUUUAGGUUUUGAAAUAGACUGAUGUGUUAACCCUGAAAUAUUAAGUGAAGCUCAGAACCAAAA